AGCAGACUUUCCAAGAUGGCGGAGGUGCGCGGGCUUAGGAGCAGGAAGCACUUGGAGCACAAAUGUGACGUCAUCGACUGUGAUGUUAGCGCGGCUGCUAGCAGACUCUCCAAGAUGGCGGAGGUGCGCGGGCUGAGGAGCAGGAGUCACUUGGAGCCCGACUGCAGGAGCCGAGUCGCCGACCAAGACUCAAGAGUCAAAGAUGUCCCUAUUGCGCAACAUAUUGGGAGGUCUCCAGCAAGACCCGAGGACCUGGACGAUGACUUGCUUCGUAGGGAGAUGAAUGACAAGUGGGGAAUAGCGGCCAGCCUCACCCCCUCAGCAGAAGAAGACAUUCAGGAUUUACAGGUGGAAGAGGAGGCCAAGGCCCAACCUGUCCAGAUCCUCCUGGCCAAUGAGGACCAGCAUAGCUUUGAGCUGGAUGCCGCCGCCCUGGAGAGAAUCCUGCUGCAGGACCAUGUGAAGGACCUCAACGUGGUGGUGGUGUCAGUGGCCGGUGCCUUCCGCAAAGGCAAAUCCUUCCUGCUGGACUUCAUGCUGCGCUACAUGCACAACCAGCAAAGUGAAGCGUGGAUCGGCGGCGACGAGGAGCCCUUGACCGGCUUCACCUGGAGAGGAGGAUGCGAGAGGGAGACCACAGGGAUUCAGGUCUGGAGCGAAGUCUUUGUGGUGGACAGGCCGGACGGCAGCCAAGUGGCCGUCCUCCUGGUGGACACCCAGGGAGCCUUCGACAGCCAGUCCACCAUCAAGGACUGUGCCACAGUGUUUGCCCUCAGCACCAUGACCAGCUCCAUGCAGGUGUACAAUCUCUCGCAGAACAUUCAAGAGGACGACCUUCAGCAUCUUCAGCUGUUCACGGAGUAUGGCCGCCUCGCCAUGGAGGAGAUCUACUUGAAACCUUUCCAGUCCCUGAUGUUUCUGAUUCGUGACUGGAGUUUCCCCUACGAACACAACUACGGCCUGGAAGGAGGCUACGACUUUCUUGAAAAACGUCUUCAGGUCAAGCAGCACCAACACCAGGAGUUGCAGAACGUCCGCAAGCACAUCCACUCCUGCUUCUCCAACAUCGGCUGCUUCCUGCUGCCUCACCCUGGCCUCAAGGUGUCCACCAACCCUUACUUUGACGGUCGGCUCAGAGAAAUCGACGGGGACUUCAAGGAGCAGUUGUCCCAGCUGGUGCCUCUCCUCCUGGCGCCGGAGCGACUUGUGGAGAAGGAGAUCGGAGGCAGCAAGGUCACAUGUCGAGAUCUUGUGGAGUACUUCAAGGCUUACAUAAAGAUCUACCAGGGCGAGGAGCUGCCUCAUCCAAAGUCCAUGCUGCAGGCCACGGCUGAAGCAAACAAUCUGACUGCUGUAGCAGGAGCCAAAGACAUGUACAGCAAGAACAUGGAACAGGUGUGUGGCGGCGACCAGCCCUACAUGGCCCCUGCUGAUCUGGAGCGCUGCCAUGAGGAGUUCCGUGAGAACUCUGUGCGCUACUUCCGCUCGGUGAAGAAGAUGGGCGGCGAGGAGUUCUGCCAGCGCUACCAGAGCCAGCUGGAGGCGGAGCUGGACGAGGCCUUGGGCAGCUUCUGCAAGCACAACGAGGGCAAGAACAUCUUCUACGCCGCCCGCACGCCCGCCACUCUCUUCGCCGUCAUGUUAGUGGCCUACGUGGUGUCGGGCGUCACGGGCUUGCUGGGCCUGAGCACGCUGGCGACGCUGGCCAACCUGCUCAUGGGCCUGGCACUGAUGUCCCUCUGCGUCUGGGCCUACGUCAAGUAUUCUGGAGAGUUCCGAGAGGUGGGGACGAUUAUAGACCUGGUGGCGGAGACGCUGUGGGAACAGGUGGUCAAGCCGCUGAGUGAACAUUACGUGGAAGACAAGGUGAGGCAGACGGUGGUCAACUCUCUGAAAGCCAGCCUGACAGAAGGCAGCUCGCAGCAACACGCCAAGUUAAAGACGCACUGACGCACUUCCUGUCAACAACAACAACACCAAAGCUGACCUCCCUCGCUGUGGCCUUUUGCCAAAACCACAACAUCAUGCCUUCCACUCUUUCACAGCGUUCUUGGUUUAGAAGCACAAUCAGGAAGUUAGAAUGUGAAUUGUUUGGACAGUAUUAUUAAGAAUCACUUGUAAAAAUAGGAAGUGUCAAUCAAACUGUUACAAGCCGCCAUAUUUCUUUCAUUUUUCACAGCAGAGUGCUAAAAUAGGCGCUAAUAACCUUUAAUGUCGGACUUAACAUCUUUACUACUUAGUUGACUUCUUCAUGGAAACACUGACUUUUGACCAUUUCAUUUAGCUUAAAGACAAAACUAAAUUAGCUUAGCGUGAAGGCUAACCUUUUUUCAUCAAGUUUAGUCGCAAAAGAUCUUUUUGGCUUCAUAAAAUGAUUAUAGGUAUAAAAUUGUUGAAGCGAAAGCAGGCUAUUGGUUUAGUGUGGUGGUCUUUAGGAGCCGUUUAAUGCUAGCAGUUGCUAAUCAAAACUCAUUUGCUCCAGUCUUCAACCCAAAAAAGUUUUAUUUUUAACACAAAUUUUAUGUUACGUGAACACUAUUUUUGUGCUUUAAUCAUCACACUUGUUUAACAUCUAUAGUACUUAAAGCAACAUAGAAAUACCUAUUGCUGACUUGACAGUUUAGCUUGCUGUUAGCGUGAAGGCUAAACAAAAUGAUCUUAGCUUAGCUAUCUUAGGCUAACGUCCAAAUGCCAUUUCUCGCUUCAAAAAAAGGUUUAUAGGUACAAAAUUGUGUUUAAAAGCAGACUAUGACGUUAUGUGGUACAAUUGGUGAUCUUUAAGUGCUGCCUCACGCUAAUGUUUGCUACAUCUGGUCUCCAUGCUAAUCAAAGCUCAUUCCCAUGCCUGUUAACUUUUCACCCCCAUAACAAUGUUUGUUUUCUAAAAAAGAAAUGUCUAACUCAACGAAAACAACGUGAAGACUAUUUUCUCCCUUUAGUCGUCGCACUUUAACAUCUAUAAUGCAAAGUUUGUAUACUUUAUAGAAACGCCUUGACAAAUUAGCUUAGCUUGAAGGCUAACCUUUUUUUUUUUUUUUAUGACUCGUUACGUCUAAAGUUCAGUUCAAAUGUCAGUUCUUGCUUCAUAAAAUGGUUUAUAGGUAAUUGCUUGUUUAAAAGCAGACUAUGUGGUAGAAUUGGUAAGCUUUAAGUGCUGCCUCAAGCUAGCACUUGCUACUUCGUCUCCCUGCUCAACAAAGCAAAUGAACCCAAGACUCCAACUAAACACCUUUGAACUCUGUAGCCCCCGAAAAACGGUUUAUUCCUUAAAAGUCAGACGUCAACAUGGACUAUUUUCGCCCACUCGUUUGAUUCUCAGGAUCUAUUAGACUAAGGUUGUGAUGAUGUCACUCCGUUUAUUCCCUUCUCCGUGACUGCAGGUGGAACUUGGAUUUUGAAAUAGCCUUUGUAUGCGUUUUAGAGCCAAUCGAGGUUUGUUUGGGGUCAAUUAAACCGCGUUGCUGUAGCUAAGUUUCUUUGGAACUGUUCAUAGCCGCGUCCUGUUUGGGAGGACGAUAGAAACGUGAUUAUCAGGUUGAUUUGUGUGGAAAAUGCCUGUCCACCUUUUUAAAACAUUUGUGGUAAUUUAUUUUUGAAUAAAGCAUUUACCUUAAGAAUAAAA